CUCACAGCCGCGUCCCGCCCCGGCGGAGACGGGAGCUGAGCCCGAGGCAGACGCAGCCCCUCCGCGCCAUGGCCGGCCGCCGGCUCCUGGGGCUGCUCCUGGCCUUCUCCGCGGUGUUUGCCGCAGACUUCGAUUUGGCUGAUUACUUUGACACACCUGUGGAGACUACCACCAAACCAACCAAGCCAACUCCCAAGCCCUUCCCCAGGCCAGGGAAGCCAGACAAUGUCUUCUGGGAUGUCAUUCGCACCACCACAACCAAGCAGCCAAAAACUACAAGAGCCCCUCAUAAGCGUAACCCAGAAAAGGAUCCUAUGGAUUUUGACUUGGCUGAUGCCCUUGAUGAUAAGAAUGAUAGGAAAGAUAUUGGGCAGCCGGACAUAAGACCAGGUGAAGAAUUUUCAGACGAUGACCUGGCCAGCAUUGUGGAUGGUGGCUACAGCCCAGACAAGAAGAGGGGUGCCAGUGGCAACACCGACAACAACUACAGCGGAGUAGCAGAGACAGGGACAAUCGCCGGCAUUGCCAGUGGCCUGGCCAUGGCGCUCAUUGGGGCUGUCUCCAGCUACAUCUCCUACCAGCAGAAGAAGUUCUGCUUCAGCAUCCAGCAGGGACUGAACGCAGAGUAUGUGAAAGGAGAAAACAUGGAAGCCGUCGUGAGCGAGGAGCCCCAGGUUAAAUAUUCAGUCCUGGAAACGCAGUCAGCAGAACCACCAAAACAAGACAGUGUGAAGAUAUAAAGUGUGACCCAGGGCUAGAAAAUAAUCAGUCAGCAGCAACAGAGGUCUUAUAUGCUUGUAAUUAAGCUUUUAAUUUAAUUUGACUCCAAAGCUAUUUAAUGUUCAUUUAGGCUUGAACUGGCUUUUUAUUGCUCUAGGCUUUAGGGUUAGACUGGUAGCAUGUGUUUAUUUUUUGUGAAGAAGUUUAUGUUUACAUCGAAGUAGUAGUGUAGGAUUGGUGUGCAGUUGUAUGGAAAUCCACAGAAGGUACUUCAGCAGUGGUCAGUUUUUCAAGAGUUUACAGGUAUGAGGACAGUGAAGUGCCUGUAAAUAGCAGUCCAAAGUUAAACCCUGCAAAGCCCUCUGCAAAGCACCUCCAGCCACCUUCUGCCAUUGGCUCCAGACAGUAUCACUUCCAAUGGCAGGAAAAAAGCUGCACAUUUCCUGAGGAUAGACUGCCGUCCUUCAUGUAGCUACACCUAAAAAUGAAGUGCCUAUGGUGGGUCCUCAUGUGGGGGGCCUUGGGCUGAGCCAGGUGACUCCCUGCUCCCAAGCCAGGAGUUGAGGAUGCUUCACUACCACCACCACCCAGUGCUGGGCUUCUAACCAAAGGACCUGAUUUUCACACCAAGUCACAAAUACAGUUGAGAGUGUGUGCAGUGUUCACUUUCACCAAAUACCAUUUGAAUGCUCCACUGUGCUGCAGAUCAGAAUGAAACUGAAGUGAUACAGUUUGUCUUAAGCUGUGCCAGGGGAAGUUUAGGUUAGACAUUAGGAAAAAAUUCUUCACUGAAAGAGUGAUUGGGCACUGGACUUGUCUGCUCAGGGAGGUGGUGGAGUCAGUGUCCCUGGACAUGUUUAAGAAAAGACUGGAUGUGGCACUCAGUGCCAUGGUUUAGUUGAUGAGGAGGUGUUAGGUUAGGUCAUAGGUUGGACCAGAUGAUCUCAAAUGUCUUUUCCAACCUAGUUCAUUCUGUGAUUCUGUGAUUCUGUCUCUGUGACUUGAGAUACCUAAGUUGUCACCACAAUUAAAGCUGUGUGCAUAUGGAUGCUUUCAAGGACAGGUUCAGAUUUCAAUCACACUAGAACAAGUUACAGAUUUAACCCAAAAGAAAAUAAGCAAAGCAGGUAUCUGUUAAGAUCUGUAAUGCUCAAUACCACAACAGAAGUCAAGCUUAAGAAGAUGCAGUCCCCUCCUUCUAUCAGCAACUAUAUCAGGAGUGCUCCCAGGCACCUAGAGGCAGAAAAAUAAUUUAAAUUUCAUUCUUUGUGUCAUCGGCUAAACCUUUAAAAUAGGCAGUACCUUCUGAGAGGAUGAAUCCUCCAUCACUGUCCUGCAUGGGGUUCCUGCCUGGGAAACAUUGGGCUGUGAGUGGUGCUCAGCAGAACACUGGGCUGCACCAGGACAGUGCAUACACAGCCCCUGCCAUGCUGCUGAACCGCUUCCUUAGACCCAGCCUUCACUAUCUUGCAAGAAUUUCUGUUUCGAUUUCUAAUCCCUCCCCAGCAAGCUUUUUGACUCCUGCUAAAAUGUGAAUAACUGCCACUUUCCAAUACAUUUUUCCAAAUCAAUGAUUCCUUCAAAAGCAUGCUCUUGAGUGAAGGAAAUUCCACUAUACUUGGUGUAAAAGGUACUAUUUAUAUAUAAACCUGAAAUGUGAGCAAUGGGUUUGCAAAUUCCAUAUUUCAUGAAUGUUAUUAAGAAAACCAAGCCUUUCAGGAUGAUGUAAAAAUGCACAGUUUUCAGGUAGACUUAACUUCCAGAAGGCCUUGCCGGGAGGUGAAUGAGCCCAGGAGCAUUGCUGUCUAACAGCUCCAUUUGGAAGGAAAUUUCCUAGUAACUUGUUUAAGUAUUUCACAAUUGCUGCACAAUUCUUUAUGCUCUUUUUAACACUUGCAUUUUUAAAGCCUUAUACUAGCUCUGGCAGAAGAGCUACAGUGGUUUAUAAGGUGCCUCACAACUAUUCAGAACACUUAGGCUAUGAUAGUACUCUGAACUUCUGCUGCUUUGUUUUAUGAAUGUGUUUGGAAUAGGAAAGAAAUGUUAAUAAUUGGCUCAGAGAAUGGAAGCAUAGGAAAGAGAUGGGAUGUACUGUUUGCUUACUCCUAGAGAAAGGUUUUCAUGGAGGAAGUAUGGUCUGCAGAAUUUGCAACAGGAGCUCAGGUGCUGGCUAAGCCACACAGCUGAAUUCGUGUAUCUCCAGUCCCAAGCACCAGCACUUGUUUUUUGUUUUUGCCCAAACAUAUUUGAAAGCUGUAGCAUGAAGUGUGUUUUCUGUAAGUUACUGUGGAUUAAAUGUAUAACAGAUGAUCACUAGAAGCUGUUUUCCCAGCAUAGAUCUAGUGCUCAUAAUUCCUCCUCUCACUUUGCCAGUGACCAUGUUCCUGCAGAUGCAGAUCACAGGUUUCACUGUGCCCUGCCUGUCUGACCAGAGUGUCACUAACCAGUCAGUGUGGUUUAAAGAGUACAGCACCUACCCCUCCUCUGGGGACUCUUAUAUUAGGGCAUAGAGGGAACACAAGUCUAAUUCAAAAUACUGCAGGUCACAAAUUUAACUAAAAAAGGCAGCAAGCUCUUUCACUGGAAAACCCGCCCCAGUUUUUGGGACUCAGAAGCUGCUGCUUUGCCCAAGGCUGUUCUAUAAUGUUGGUGACUACUUACACCUUAGUGUAACGUGUAGAUUUGUGGAAAUCCAUAAAUGCACAGUGAAAGAGAACACUUACAAAGUGAAUAGUGACAGAAUUCAAGAUUUCUUUCUCUAGGAUUUUGAAUAGGAAAAUACUUGCAAAUCCUUCAGUAGAGAAAUAGGCUUGGCCUUCUCUUUAAAACUGAACGAAAGGCAGUCUUAGUGGUAAAUGUCAGCAAAGGCUCAAAUGAUUUUUUUUAUUUGCUGUUUGUGCCUUCUUCCAUCUGAGCUGCCACCACUCUCUGAGAAAUACGGAGUUUAUACAUCAUCUAUAUUUUAGGCAUUAUAGCAACUGAGAGGUUUCCUGUGUAUUUUCCUAGUAGUGCUCUAAGUUUUGGAACAGCUGACCCAGCACUGACCUCUACUUUCAUUUAAUUAUGAUUUAUUCACUUUAAAUCGGGAUAUGGGUUUUUAAAAAAUCCUGCAUUUAAGCUCUGUAUACAUGGCAUGAACUUUCUUGUCCUUUAUAAAAAAGGCAAUAAACCACUAGAAAAUUGGUUUGCUUUUUUUUCUUUAAUGAGUCCAAAGCCUAUACAUACAGAUAUCCUGAGAGUUUUUGUACUAUGUAUGCCGUGAGCUCUUUUUCUUAUGACACCUCACUUCUAAAGCUAUUUUAAAUGGCAAUAAAAUGAUUCAGAAAAGGUUUUGCAAAGGUUUGACAAAGAGAGAAUUGAAAGAAUUCAGCUGGCUCGUUUUGUGUUUAUUCUUUAAAUUACUUGCAUUUUCCUUUGGCAGUACUUUGUUUCAGAUUCUUCAGCUGACAUGAAUUUCAGAUCUUUUUGGCGCUAUAAACUCAGUAAUUUUCAUGCAACCCCACUAACGAACCCUUACAAGUGCUCCAUUGUCAUUCUUAACUACUCAUUUGUUGUGAUAAAAGUGGAAUUAGUCCACAAUACUGUUUCAGAUUCUGAAAAAGAAGGGUGAGUUGGCAGGCUGAGGCUUUAAAAAUUGCUUCUCUAACAGAUGAGGUUUAGGAACAAAUGAAGUUCAGAAACAACGGGGUUGUGAAAUUAGAGAACAUUUUCUUUUGAGUGAAGUUCUAACUUAGAAGCAAGACAGAUUCCUUUCUGCUGAAGAAGUGACCUGUACCAAAUGAAGGUUGAAUGUUAAGCUGUAACAAAAUAAAUUCUGUUAAUGUGCAUGUAAGGGUCACAGGAGUUAAAACCAGAAUUUAACUACCUUUGGAAAACACCAAAUAAACCAAGUUGACUAGAAAGACA